UCUGCCGGCACAGCCGCUGAGUCGCGCCUCCUGCUCUUUGUGCGUAACGAGCUGCCGGGGCGCAUCGCAGUGCAAGAUGACCUGGACAACACCGAAUUGCCCUUCUUCACCCUGGAGAUGUCUGGUACGGCCGCGGACAUCUCGCUGGUGCACUGGAGACAGCAGUGGCUGGAGAAUGGCACCUUGUACUUCCACGUCUCCAUGAGCAGCUCUGGGCAGCUGGCCCGGGCCACUGCCCCCACGCUCCAGGAACCCUCGGAGAUUGUCGAGGAGCAGAUGCACAUCCUCCAUAUUUCCGUCAUGGGUGGCCUCAUUGCACUGCUGCUGCUGCUGCUGGUGUUCACGGUGGCCCUGUACGCCCAGAGGCGCUGGCAGAAGCGCCGCCGCAUCCCCCAGAAGAGUGCGAGCACAGAAGCCACUCAUGAGAUCCACUACAUCCCCUCCGUGCUCCUGGGUCCCCAGGCCCGGGAGAGCUUCCGCUCCUCCCGGCUGCAGGCCCACAAUUCUGUCAUCGGAGUGCCCAUCCGGGAGACCCCCAUCCUGGAUGACUAUGACUAUGAGGAGGAGGAGGACCCGCCCCGGCGGGCCAACCACGUCUCCCGGGAGGAUGAGUUUGGCAGCCAGGUGACCCACACCUUGGACAGCUUGGGACGGCCAGGCGAAGAAAAGGUGGACUUUGAGAAGAAAGCAGCUGAGGCGACGCAGGAGACAGUGGAGUCCCUGAUGCAGAAGUUCAAGGAGAGUUUCCGCGCUAACACGCCCAUCGAGAUCAGUCAGCUGCAGCCAGCCCCUCGCAGCGCCUCGGCAGGGAAGCGGAAGCGGAGGAGCAAGUCUCGAGGGGGGAUCAGCUUUGGGAGAACCAAGGGGACUUCAGGUUCAGAAGCAGACGAUGAAACACAACUGACGUUCUACACAGAGCAGUACCGCAGUCGCCGUCGCAGCAAAGGUUUACUGAAGAGUCCAAUGAACAAGACAGCCCUGACACUGAUUGCGGUGAGCUCCUGCAUCCUGGCUAUGGUGUGUGGCAGCCAGAUGUCCUGUCCACUCACUGUGAAGGUGACUCUGCAUGUACCUGAGCACUUCAUUGCAGAUGGUAAGAGCCCUGCUUCACAGACUGGGAUCUCCAUGAGAGUAGCAGCUGAUUCAUUUGGGAGGAAUGUUAUCUCCAAUGACAAUCACAGAGAGUGCAGCUGUCAUGAAGGCUAUGCCCCGGACCCUGUUCACAGACACCUCUGUGUGCGCAGUGACUGGGGACAGAGUGAAGGACCUUGGCCUUAUACGACACUUGAGAGGGGCUAUGAUCUGGUGACAGGGGAGCAAGCCCCUGAAAAGAUUCUCAGCUUGGGCCAAGGCCUCUGGCUUCCUGUGAGCAAAAGCUUUGUGGUUCCACCCGUGGAGCUGUCCAUCAAUCCCCUGGCCAGUUGCAAGACAGAUGUGCUCGUCACUGAAGACCCUGCAGAUGUCAGGGAAGAAGCGAUGCUGUCCACGUACUUUGAAACCAUCAAUGACCUGCUGUCCUCCUUCGGGCCAGUUCGUGACUGCUCUCGGAACAACGGGGGCUGCACUCGCAACUUCAAGUGUGUGUCUGACCGCCAGGUGGACUCUUCAGGAUGUGUGUGCCCAGAGGAGCUCAGGCCCAUGAAGGACGGCUCUGGCUGCUACGACCACUCCAAAGGCAUUGAUUGCUCUGAUGGCUUUAACGGCGGCUGUGAGCAGCUGUGCCUGCAGCAGACGCUUCCUUUGCCCUACGAUGCCACCUCCAGCACCAUCUUCAUGUUCUGCGGUUGUGUGGAGGAGUACAAACUGGCUCCCGAUGGAAAAUCCUGCCUAAUGCUCUCAGAUGUCUGCGAGGGGCCCAAGUGCCUCAAACCUGACUCCAAAUUCAACGAUACCCUCUUUGGAGAGAUGCUACAUGGUUACAACAACCGGACCCAGCAUGUGAACCAAGGCCAAGUCUUCCAGAUGACCUUUAGGGAGAACAACUUCAUCAAGGACUUCCCGCAGCUGGCCGACGGGCUGUUGGUGAUCCCGCUACCGGUGGAGGAGCAGUGCAGGGGGGUCCUCUCCGAGCCCCUCCCGGACCUCCAGCUGCUCACUGGAGAUAUCAGGUACGAUGAGGCCAUGGGGUACCCCAUGGUGCAGCAGUGGCGUGUCCGCAGCAACCUCUACAGGGUGAAGCUCAGCACCAUCACCCUCUCGGCAGGCUUCACCAAUGUCCUCAAGAUCCUGACCAAAGAGAGCACUCGGGAUGAGCUUCUGUCCUUCAUCCAGCACUACGGCUCCCACUACAUCGCAGAGGCCCUCUACGGCUCAGAGCUCACCUGCAUCAUCCACUUCCCAAGCAAGAAGGUCCAGCAGCAGCUGUGGCUCCAGUACCAGAAAGAGACCACAGAACUGGGCAGCAAGAAGGAGCUCAAGUCCAUGCCCUUCAUCACCUACCUUUCAGGUCUGCUGACGGCACAGAUGCUGUCUGAUGACCAGCUCAUCUCAGGUGUGGAGAUUCGCUGUGAGGAGAAAGGCCGCUGUCCUUCUACCUGCCACCUUUGCCGGCGGCCGGGCAAGGAGCAGCUGAGCCCCACACCAGUGCUGCUGGAAAUCAACCACGUGGUCCCACUUUACACCCUCAUUCAAGACAAUGGCACAAAGGAGGCUUUCAAGAGUGCACUGAUGAGUUCCUACUGGUGCUCAGGGAAAGGGGACGUGAUCGAUGACUGGUGCAGGUGUGACCUCAGUGCCUUUGAUGCCAGUGGGCUCCCCAGCUGCAGCCCCCUUCCGCAGCCGGUGCUGCGGCUGUCCCCAACAGUGGAGCCCUCCAGCACUGUGGUCUCCUUGGAGUGGGUGGAUGUUCAGCCAGCUAUUGGGACCAAAGUCUCGGACUAUAUUCUGCAGCACAAGAAAGUGGAUGAAUACACAGACACCGAUCUUUAUACAGGAGAAUUCCUGAGUUUUGCUGAUGACUUACUCUCUGGCCUGGGCACAUCUUGUGUAGCAGCUGGUCGAAGCCAUGGAGAGGUCCCUGAAGUCAGUAUCUACUCGGUCAUCUUCAAGUGCCUGGAGCCCGAUGGUCUCUACAAGUUCACUCUGUAUGCUGUGGAUACACGGGGGAGGCACUCUGAGCUGAGCACAGUGACCCUGAGGACCGCCUGUCCACUGGUGGAUGACAACAAGGCAGAAGAGAUAGCUGACAAGAUUUACAAUCUGUACAAUGGGUACACGAGCGGAAAGGAGCAGCAGACGGCCUACAACACGCUGAUGGAGGUCUCGGCCUCCAUGCUGUUCCGAGUUCAGCACCACUACAACUCCCACUAUGAAAAGUUUGGUGACUUCGUCUGGAGGAGUGAGGAUGAGCUGGGGCCCAGGAAGGCCCACCUGAUCCUGCGGCGGCUGGAGAGGGUGAGCAGCCACUGCUCCAGCCUCCUGAGAAGCGCCUACAUCCAGAGCCGCGUGGACACGGUGCCCUACCUUUUCUGCCGAAGUGAGGAGGUCCGGCCUGCGGGCAUGGUGUGGUACAGCGUCCUCAAGGACACCAAAAUCACUUGCGAGGAGAAGAUGGUGUCCAUGGCCCGAAACACGUACGGGGAGUCCAAGGGCCGGUGAGGGAGGGCGCUGCCCUCCACGAGCACAGAGACUCUCCUAGGGGGAGCAGUACUCUUGUGGAUGGAUCCUGGGGCCUGGGUGGGCUGGGGGACAGCUGAGGAUGGGCCUGGCAGAGGACACUCGCCAGCAAGGCUAAAGCAGACUGCUCCUCCUGUGGAUCGUGGACAGAGAACUUUGUAACCAAUGGAAUUAUUCAUUUUCUCUAUCUUUUAUUUUUUUCUAAGAUAUUAUUUGACUCUAUCAAACGUCUCUCCUUUUUAAAACUUUUCUUAUGGAUGGAAGUCAUUUGGGUGGCAGGAGCCUUCAGGUGGAGACCAAGCGGCCUUUCCUUUUCUUCCUCCUUCCUGCCGUGCCCAGCUUCCUUCCUGCCACGGAGCCCUGGAGGAGACCUAUGGAGAGACAGUUUGACCUCUUCGGCAUCAGGAAGGAAGCCCUAAGGAUUGUUGCAGUGAGGAAGCUUGGGUCUUUAAGGACUUCUCUCUCUCUCUCUCUCUCUCUCUUUUUUUUUCUGGACAUUACUGAGUUUGCAGGACCUCUGCUUCUUCCUGUCUGCCCAGAGUCCCUGCAGGACUUUCUGUGCAUUAAAAAAUUCCUAUUGUCUCUC